AUUAGAAUUAGAACCAAAUUAGUUAAUUUUAAAAAUAUACAUUUUGUAAUAUUUUAAACACCUCGUUAAAAAUAUAGUUAAAUCCUUUAUUGCUAUUAACUCUUUAUAGCCGUUUGUGAUUGGAUUUUUGUAAGUAAGUAUUUUAAAACACAAAUUGAUAUUAAAGAAAUACAAUUUCACGGCUAUUUCAUUUUAUGUUCGGUACGGACGUAAAUGUUCAAAACACGUGCCGCGAAUCACGUUUACAAAGGACAAUGGAAUCUUACUACAAUUUCAUUAUUAUUGAGUUGUUAUUGGGCAAGACAUCAAAUUAUUUGUACGCUGUAUAAUAUGGGGCUUUUGGAACAAUGAAUAUAACUGUAUUAUCCAUAGUUAUACUUGCAAUAGCGAGUACGGAGGCUAUGUCCCCCCAAACAGUGGAAGUCGACUACUCCGAAAUUGCAAACGAGGCAGAGAAUAAUAAAAAACAUCUCUUAGAGUUUUUAAAUCAGACUCAAGUACGAGAGCUGUAUAGAACAAAAUAUAAUAUAUUAUUAGAUAAAAUAACAGGCUCCACCCGGCGUAUUGUGUCGGGACAGAACACAUCCAUCACAGCAGUGCCGUGGCAGGUUUCUCUCCGGCAUAAAAGUCGAUUUAGUUGUGGAGGUUCGGUCGUUACCGAUAUUUGGAUACUCACAGCUGCACAUUGCUUGAAAAGUUUUAAGACCAAUGACCUCUCAGUACGAGUUGGAUCAUCGUGGAAAACACACGGGGGUGAAAUGUAUGAUGUUAAGGAAUCCUACAUGCAUCCUCAAUACGACAACAAAAACUUACUCAACGAUGUUGGGUUAUUAAGACUGUACUCAACUCUCCGAUUCUCGUCGAGAGUCCUGCCUAUUUUACUGGCUGCGAGGGAUAGUAGACUUCCAGCUAACCAAAUGGCAAUCGUCUCUGGAUGGGGCCUUAUGAAAGAAAAGGGACAGAGUGCAAAAUUCUUGCAAUCAGCAAGCAUCAGAACAAUAGUGAUGAAGUUGUGCCGCCAGUCAGGGGUUAACCUCGGAAUUGACCCAGCGAGCAUGUUCUGCGCUGGCUCUUUUACACAACCGUCACCCAGUGUAUGCCAUGGUGACAGCGGUGGACCCAUAGUAUCAGAAGGGUUGCUUAUCGGAGCAGUGUCGUGGGGCAUAGGAUGCGCGCGGGGUAACUUCCCGGGGGUUUAUACAAGGCUGUCUGAUCCUGUCAUUUGGGACUGGAUCAAUGGCCAUUUAACUAAAACUAACUCCAAUGUUAAUAUUUAAUGACUUCUUGCUUUAUGUCUUCCAAGUGAGACAGAGGGCCACCAGCAUAGAAAACCAGCCUGAUCGGUCCUAGGUUAUUCUCUUAAUUUCACCCCACGUCGUUCCAGCUUCUUUCGCCUCUGCAAUGAUGCUUCGUUGCCAGGACUGUUUUGGGCGGCCACGUUUCCUUUUGCCUUGAAGAUUCCAGUCGAGAGCUUGCUUGGCAAUGUGACUUGGAUCCCUUCGGAGCGUAUUUUCACUUUCGGUGUUUUAUAGACCUGUCAAUUGGCGCCUCAUUCCUGAUGAUUAGGGAUGCUAUUGGGACAGAAUAUUCCAAAGAUUUGACGAAGGCAGUGGUUAAGAUUUUUCACAAACAAAGUGUUCAAAAAUAUCACAUAUUACAAAUAAUACUUUUGAUUCCUAUAAAAUUAUAGAACUUUUUGAAAAUUAAUUACAUGUCACAAAGGUAUUUGACAGAGAAAUAAAGGCGCUUUCAAUAACUGUAACACAAUAAAUUCUCAAAGUGAAUAACAUAAAUUUCAACAAAACUUAUAGACAAACUCGCCUUGGCCAUUUUCAAACCGAGCUUGGUUUCGAAUCUUACUCGAAUGAAACAAAUUUAAUUAUAGUUAGGCGCGUGAAUUCUCUAGUACCUACCUAAAAACUUCUUAAUUAGAUUUAAAAGCGGAUUUCCUAAGUUU